CCGAGUCCCGGCCAGUGCCUCUGCUUCCGGCUCGAAUUGCUCUCCCCACGCCUGUCUUCAACAUGUCCGAGACUGCGCCCGCCGCACCAGCUGCUCCGGCCCCUGCCGAGAAAACGCCAGUGAAGAAAAAGGCCCGUAAGUCUGCAGGUGCAGCGAAGCGUAAAGCGUCUGGGCCCCCGGUGUCCGAGCUCAUCACCAAGGCUGUCGCCGCUUCCAAGGAGCGCAGUGGCGUAUCCUUGGCUGCGCUCAAGAAGGCGCUAGCGGCCGCUGGCUACGACGUGGAAAAGAACAACAGCCGCAUCAAGUUGGGUCUCAAGAGCCUGGUGAGCAAGGGCACCCUGGUUCAGACCAAGGGCACUGGCGCCUCAGGCUCUUUCAAGCUCAACAAGAAGGCAGCUACUGGUGAAGCCAAGCCCAAGGCCAAGAAGGCGGGCGCGGCCAAACCCAAGAAGCCCGCAGGAGCUAAGAAGCCCAAGAAGGCGACUGGGGCUGCCACCCCCAAGAAGAGCGCCAAGAAGACCCCAAAGAAGGCGAAGAAGCCUGCUGCGGCUGCAGGAGCCAAAAAAGCAAAGAGCCCGAAAAAGGCAAAAGCAGCCAAGCCUAAGAAAGCACCCAAGAGCCCAGCGAAGGCUAAAGCGGUGAAACCCAAGGCGGCUAAACCAAAGACCGCCAAGCCCAAGGCAGCCAAGCCAAAGAAGGCGGCAGCCAAGAAGAAGUAGGAAGUUCCUUUGGCCAACUGCUUCGAAGCUCGACACAACCCAAAGGCUCUUUUCAGAGCCACCCA